AUGAUGAUGAUGAAUGUGCAGCGACGGCGUGCUACGGCAACGAGGCGGCGCAGUUCCCGUCGAGCAACCUGUUCGCGGCGGCGGGGGAAGGGGUGUGGGACAACGGGGCGUCGUGCGGCCGCCAGUACGUGGUCCGCUGCAUCAGCGCCGUCGCCCCGACCAUUCGGGUUCGGGUCGUGGACCGGGCCCUGUCGUCCGUCACGCGGCCGUCGAGGGGCGGCACCACCCUCGUGCUCUCCACCUCCGCCUUCGCCGCCAUCGCCAACGGCUCUCCCGGCGCCAUCAACAUCGAGUAUCAGCAGUGAGUAG